AUGGUUCUGGCUGUAAACUUCGACAACAACACUCGGACGUUUGCCCUCUCGACGCACGUUUACUUCAUCAUGUCUUUUGUGAACCCCAAGGUGGAUGCAUUUGGUACCUUUCCCACCUCAGCAGAUUGUUAUGUAGUGCUGAUCCUCGGGGGAUCCUGCGCAGCAGUGAUGUGCGUCCUCUUCUCGCGUCGGCGCAGGGCCCUCAUCAUGGCAGAGGAGAAGGCGGUGGAAGCAUCAGAGACCGUGGCAAUGGUGCUCGAGGCAUUGCCGCGGACCCCGGAAGAGCUGACGCGCCAGAAGAUUGCGCUUGCGCUGGCGGAGACCGCGGCCACACGUGUGCUCAUGGAGGAGAACCUGGAGUAUUCCUGGUUCGAGGAUCUGGGGCAAGGGGCUCGGGCGGUGCGCAGGCGCAGACUGACGGCGGUCGGAAAGUGUCUGCUGACAGCUUCGCGACACGUGCCGGGGCUGCUGCAUGCUGCCGCUGCUCUCUCACAGGAGGACAGGGAGGUCCUCGAGGGGUUCGACUCUCUGCAGGUGGCCUGUACGGGUGCGCGCAGUCUCCUCCUCGGCGCCUGCACUGGAGCGCCAGAGGAGCAGGGGCUGGACUGCGCUGCGGAGGACUUCUCGGAGCGGGUCUCUGCGGACUUCGUGGCCACUCGUCGGGACCUCUCUCCUGAAGCCUGCGCCUUCAUGUUCAUGCUCUGCGGGGUUCUCUCAGAUGUUGCACGGGCCGUCGACAGUCUCUUCAGGACGAGCGUUCAGCGUCAGCGUCUGUCAGGGCUCCGCGAGCGCUUGCGCCACUUCGCCCGGAGCACGUAUCUGCACUUCGGGAUGCAAGUGGACCGCUCUGUGACACACCCCCGCUUCGUCCUGCGCAACACAUGUCGAAGAAGAGAAAGUUGCAGACGCAUAAACUUCCAGAGGUCGGCACGGAUUUAUUGGAUCGGCGUUGGAUCCCUCUCCCUGGUGCGCGGAGCACGCCAGGGGCGGCGCCGGAGGCGCCGUUAG